AUGGCUGAAUGGACUGAUCCAGAAAUUCGUACUCUUAUUGACGAACGUAGAACUAGAAACGAUGAGUUUCAUAACCUUAGGAGAAAUCGGGAAAGAUUUUGGGGUAGUAUUGCGAGUAAGAUCAAUCAAGAGAAUGGGUCAUUAUUCAACGGUCACCAAUGUAAAGAAAAAUUCUCGAAUCUUGUCCGGAAUUAUAAUGCUAUGUGUAAUUUUAUAUCUGAUAAAAGUAAAACCAGAAGUCAAACAGGUGCACGAUAUUUUGAUGAAUUUCGUACACAUUUUUGGGAGAGACCUGAGGAUGAAUUCGAUAGAGUCUGCGGUAUUAAUACUUUUAACCGAAGACGAAGUAGAGGGAGCGGAAAUAUUACGCUCACACCAUCUACCAGAGAAGUUGAACACAAAUUGAGAUCCUCUGAGAGACGGUUAAGUCGAAGUCAAUCACCUAUUAGUUGA